AGAUCGUGUUAUUCUCGGGAAGAUACACCAAAAAAAGACGCACCGAAGAGAAGAGGGAUCGCGAAAUGGAGUCGCUGCCCUCAGCUGGUCGGUCGGCUUCCUGCGGGGGACGGGCGAUGGAAGGACGACUGACGGACUGCCCAGGUGCCUCUAGAGGCCGUCGAAGGAGGGUGAGGACGAAAAGCAAAAGCCGCACUUCAGGAUCUGUGAAUCGCGCAUCCAUCCAUCCAUCCAUCGGAGUGACUGGAAAAGGGGGAUCGACCAACUUUAGUUCAGAAUGAGUCCAACUCAAGAGAGGAGGAGGACAUCAGGGAGUUGUUGUACCAUUUAAAGAGACCGCCGAUUGGCUUUGCAGUGACGAGACGUGUGCUAUUUUCGUGAUUCCGGCCAGUUGACGCAAUUCUACUACUAUAUCUAGGGAUUUGGUCUCGAUUGUGAGCGUCGAUACUGAUACUAUCUUCACAAUAAGUGAGUGUUGUUCCAUCAUCCCUUGAACAAAAGAUCUGUCAAGGUUUGAUGUCGAUUCGCAUUUCGAGUGACGCCCGUAUAUCCUCUCCCCAGGGAUCCUUUUAGGCCGUUUCCUGACCCAGGUUGCAAUGGAAGUGUCCUCCACAGCUGAGCGAAAGACGAGGUUCCCACCUGUCAUCUCGUUGAGUUCUUGCCUCAAGGAUAAGGAUGUGGAUGGUGUGGGCUCUGGCACUGAGGGGGAUGAAGAUGAUGACCCUUCUGCCAUGAUUCCCCAGAAGAAAUUGGAGGCCGUCGUCUUGGGCUAUCAUCAAUUCGCAUCCUCUCCAGGGCCCAAAGAGUUUGGUCCAUCUCUCUCAAUCACUUCAAACAGCAGCAUUCAAGAGGUCGAAAUGGAGAGCAUGUUGACUAGCGAAGACGAGGACGAGGACAAUGAGGAGAACCAGGAAGAUGGAGAGGACGAGCCCGAAUUAAGCCCCUCUGACGAGAUCCAUGCCAAGGAAGUCAAUAACAACCAAGUGGACCACGAUUUGAAUGGAACCAAGUCCACGCCACCGACCAACACCGCCAGUUCAGACUGCUCUAAUCUAUCCUCGCUCGGAAUGGAAAUCGAAGAGGACGUUGAGGACCAGGACCACCAAAAUUCUGAGGAGACGAUGGCGGCUCCCGCUGCCAAACUCCAAGAAGACAGCGACGGCGAUGGCGUGGUCACCAAAGUUGUCGAAUUUACCACCUACGUGCUAAAUAGUCAAGUUAGCUUGAGAGUGGAUGGCCCCGACCAAUGGCUGUGCGUGUCCAGGCUGCCCUCAGACUUGACUCAAAACGAGUUUGUGGAACUAGUGGAACAAUACGGACAGGUCGAAGAAACACAUUUAAUUCAUUCAGAAACUACAGGGCGUUUCAAAGGUUACGCAUUGGUGCUUUACUCGAAUCCAUCCUCUUCCAUCCAAGCCCGACACGUCCUUGAAGGCCAAGAGGUGAAAGGUCACGCUCUCGAUUGUGAUUGGCUCAAAUAUGGCAUUGUGGAGAGCGUCUCUUUACACUCGAAAUGUCUUUUCGUGGAUGAGCUACCCCCCGAUUAUCGGGAUAUGGGCGAAUUCCGAAAACUCUUCUCUGUGGCCGUCAAUCCGCCCUAUUGUCAGAUUGCCAUAAAAAACGGGGUGAUUCAGAAGUGGGGCUUGGUGGAAUUCACAUCGUGCGAGGAAGCGGAAACAACUUUAGAAAAGAUGAACGGCCACAUUCUUCACGGGCACAAAAUUAGGGUCCAAUAUUGUAUUCCCGGGGUACAUGCCAUCAACAUCUACAUGAACUUUAUCAAUAAUCCACUGGACUCUGCUGGGGAUCGCAAGGCACUUUUGGACGAAACCCCAUCAAACAAAGUUUACGAUCAAUUGGAUUCCUUGGCCAAGCACAACCCGUGGUUUGUUCAGAGCUUGCAGAAUAUAAUGGCCAGCACUUCUCAAGAUCCCAAUGCCACGAAGACAAACCAAAUUAGAAAUCGUCCAGUGCCCGCUCCUCCGGCUGGUGCAGAUCCGGCACAAGCCGGUCUAAUCUUGCUCUUGGCGGGCAAGGUCACGAGUCAAUCUACUAGUACGAAUGAAACCGCAUCGUUGCUCGAAACAGUGUUAAAGCAAAUCGAAAGUGGCGUGUCAGCGGCAGAAAUUCUGCGGAAACUGGCCAGUCCUACCCUGGAAACAAAUCCUGCAAAUCCUACAAAUCCUAGUCGUCCCGUUCUCUUACACACUCCUGGAGAAGAACAGGUGGGAAACUUGACCAUUUCCUCAUCUAGUCCCCCGUCUAGUCAAAGUGAUCUCAAGUCGAUCAUAACCAGUCUGGUGGAGUCAGCCCAGUCGAUGUUGGGGUCUGGAAAUGAUCGGGUCGAGAAACGUCAAGCUAGUCUCAAUGGGCAGCCAGUCACGACACCUCAAAUAGUGACAGGAGCCAAGUUGCCGAAUCAUCCGCAACUCACUGAUCUGCUCACCAAAUCCUUUCAAGCCCGAAUGAAGAAUGGGAUCUAUGUUCCCAACGGAACCAAGAAAAAUGUUUCUAGUGGCCCUUCCACGACUCGGCAGUAUUCGCACCCAGUCCACCAUACGACUGGUGGAGGGAUUUCGCGACAUUCAGUCCCUAAACUCCGAUCUGGCACAGCCACUACGGUGUCGUGUAAUGCACCGGUGGCCACACCUGCUCCUCAACAGGCCAUUCGUAUGGCCAUUCCAAAUGCGGCCAUGCUUCCUCAAAACGCCGGUCUAUUUGCUAUGCCGCCAAGACCAAAUUUGACCGGAUCAGUCCUAACAGCCCAAACCAACAACAACGGAAUGGGCAGCGUACCUCAUCAGAUGGGACAUUUUCAGUAUCAGCCCGUAGUUUAUCCCAAUGCCGCGUUGGUCCAACAAGCUCAUGGAACCCCUAUGCAGAGUCUGCACGCCAACCCUUACACUGCGGCAUAUCUAUCAGCAGUACAAGCUAGUCAGAAUGGAUAUUAUCAGGCGGCAUUGAACCAAAUGGCGGCCGCCGCCGCCGCAGCCUCUUCCCCUUCACUUCUUCCUUCCAAUGGAAGCACCAUUCCCCAACAUCCUUUGCUAUGGAAUCAAAAUGUCACGGCCGCAGGCUUGGCGGCAACCUAUUCUGCCACGUCAGCCUGGCCAUCCCAAACUCUCAAUGGACCCCCACCGGUUCCAGCUCCCACCCAUGCCCAAGGCGCCGAUGCAGCUGGUCAACCCUCUGCUUUGACGUCUAUGACCCAACAAGCUUACCUCUACGCCGCUGCGGCCAAACGCAAAUUGGAUGACCAACAUCAGUAUUCGAAUGACCUCCUGGCGAAAAAAAUGAAACUCGUCCAGGCUUCAGGCGGCACUCCUAUCAUGACAUCCAUCCUCCCUCAAUAGUGAUCCAUCAAGUUCGUUGCCUCAAAAGCCGGGAGCGCCCCAUCAAUCUUCCGAGAUCUGGCAAUCUCAAUCUCUUCGAAAGCGAGGUGUGAAUUUUGUUGGCCUCGUUUUCCUGACAAUUCUUUGCCCAAUUCAGCUGCAGCCUCUCACUUCAUGCCUCUUCUCGGCGGCCAUUUGCUCCUGGAUGCCUUAUCCGUUUGGAGGGGGGAGGGGGGUCGGUCCCGGCCCUUUGACACAUUGGUUGGCCUUAUGAAAAAUCUUCAAGAAAAAAAGCUGACGCUUCAAAUCCUACUCAAGGACCAAGAUUCAGGACGGUCCCUUCGUUCGUAAGAAUGACUCACCCUGCCACCGCGUACCAGAGAGCCGCCCAGAUUUUGGCCCUCGCAUGACCUUCGACUUUCAGGGGUCGUCGAUUGAUGAACAACUUGAAAUUGCAAAGCUCAGCUAGCGUAUCAUCUGGUUUGUCGAAAUUUAGCCUGGAGAGGACAGGGUGAAAUAGGGCGCUUCUUUUCUUGUCAAGUUUCUUUGAGAAAUUGUCGAAACGGGGAUUCCCGGGCAAAAGUCACGUUCUUCGCUGAACUACGAUCAUAUGACGUUGCGAAAAGAUGGGGUGACCAACUGCUUCGCUUGUGGCCGGAACUGGUUUCAAGGUGACAUGAAAUGGUUUUGAUAUCGCCGCCAUCAUCAAUUACUACAACAAAAACCAAUUCCAAUCGGUUCCACUUCUUUUCCACCAACCACGUCUCAUGAGAAUGAGAGUAGUGCUACUUAAAUCUGGAGGCAUUAAGCGAUUCCUUUACCCUGCCAGUAUAACACAAAGUUAUAAUGAUUACUAUUAUUAUUAUUAUUAUCAAUAUAAAUGCAUUCAUGAUUGUACAGAGAAUACACAUUUUCAAAUCAG